AUGGAACAUGUGAAAGAGUGUUUUCAAUGUAAUGAUAAUUGUGACGAGGUUAUAAAUUUGGAUGGUGUUAAUGAUAGCUAUUUAAUCAUUAUUACUGAAAUCAUUGGUUUGAAUUCAAGUUUAGGUAGGUUAUUGACUAAUAAUAACAUUUAUCAAGUGAAAUUUAUGAAAAAAAAUGAUAUUAAUCAUGGAGAUGCAAAUUUUGACAUUGGUGGAUUGUUAGAUAAUCAUGAUUUGGAUCAAUGA